ACACCCGCGGGAAGCAACUCGGCGAUGGACCAAGAUGGCGGCGCCCAGUGAGGGGCCGGCGUUUGCCGCGGGGGUCGAAAAGAAUUGGAGUGCGGUUGUUCGCUCCCCCGAAGGGACUCCCCAGAAAGUCCGUCAGCUAAUAGAUGAGGGGAUUGCUCCAGAAGAGGGAGGUGCCGAGACGAAGGACACAUCUGCCACAUUCCAGUCAGUUAAUGGAUCACCCCAGGCAGAAGACCCUCCAUUGGAAUCUACAAGCAAAGAAGCCUUCUUCAGCAGAGUGGAAACAUUUUCUUCUUUAAAAUGGGCGGGUAAGCCCCCUGAGCUGUCCCCUCUUGUCUGUGCAAAAUACGGCUGGGUCACAGUUGAGUGUGAUAUGCUGAAGUGCUCCAGCUGUCAGGCUUUUCUCUGUGCCAGCUUACAGCCAGCUUUUGAUUUUGACCGAUAUAAGGAACGAUGUGCUGAGCUGAAGAAAGCCUUGUGUAGUGCCCAUGAGAAGUUCUGUUUCUGGCCAGACAGUCCCUCUCCAGAUCGAUUUGGGAUGUUGCCAUUGGACGAGCCUGCUGUUCUUGUUAGUGAGUUUCUAGAUCGUUUUCAAAGCCUUUGUCACUUGGACCUCCAACUUCCUUCCCUGAGGCCAGAGGACUUAAAAACUAUGUGCUUGACAGAAGACAGAAUCAGUCUUCUCCUACACCUGCUUGAAGAUGAACUUGAUCACCGAACUGAUGAGAGAAAAAUUGCAACCAAAUUAGGCUCAGACAUCCAAGUCCACGUCACUGCCUGCAUUCUCUCUGUGUGUGGCUGGGCGUAUAGUUCUUCCUUGGAACCUAUGCAGCUCUCCCUGAUAACCUGUUCACAGUGUAUGAGGAAGGUGGGGCUCUGGGGCUUCCAGCAGAUUGAGUCAUCCAUGACCGACCUGGAGGCCUCCUUUGGCCUGACCAGCUCCCCGCUCCCAGGCUCUGAGGGCCGACCAGAGCGCUUCUCGCUGGUGCCUGAGUCUCCUCGGAGGAUGAUGACCCGCAGCCAGGAUGCUACAUUUUCCCCAGGCUCAGAGCAGGCUGAAAGGAGCCCAGGUCCCAUCAUCUCCCGGACUCGAAGCUGGGACUCUUCCAGUCCUGUUGACCGUCCUGAGCCGGAGGCCGCUAGCCCCACCACCAGGACCCGCCCAGUGACCCGAAGCAUGGGAACAGGAGACCCCACCGGCCUGGAAGUGCCAUCUAGUCCUCUUCGGAGAGCCAAACGGGCUCGCCUCUGCUCUUCUAGCAGCUCAGACACAUCUUCCCGAAGCUUCUUUGACCCCACUUCUCAGCACAGAGACUGGUGCCCUUGGGUGAAUAUCACAUUUGGCAAAGAAGCCAGGGAGAAUGGUGGACCUGAGGUAGAGGCCAGCGCCCCAGCAGAGCCGGGCUGGAAGGCAGUGCUGAACAUCCUCUUGGCCCACAAACAGUCUAACCAGCCAGCUGAAACCGACUCUAUGAGUCUCUCUGAGAAAUCAAGGAAGAUAUUCCGAAUAUUCCGGCAAUGGGAAUCCUUAUGCUCAUCCUGAAGGUACUGAACCCCUGCAGAGAAGAGGAAUGAGUGGCUUUGAAAAAUAAAGCCUGGAUUCCCUUUUGAGCAGCUGAUGCUAAGGUUGUCUCCAUUCUGGUUUAAUCAUAUGGAACCCCUGCCCUUGCAGAGGCACGAGUGUCACCACCUGCAUCUGACUGAGGGGAGCCUGUUUGCACACGGGCACACGGGUGGGGAGAGGUACAGCAAGCCUGGCUCUGUUAAAGGAGUGCGCGGUACAGAACUCCAUAGAGGGCCCAGGACUCCUUGUGAACCUCAACGGAGGACCCAGGACUUGAGCAGUUGUAGUGUUUUUAGUGGGGGCAGUGUUUUGAGGACUCUUAUAUCCCAGGAAUAUGUCAGUAUGUGUUAAUAAAAUAUUUGUUAAGAUUCUUA